UCAAUGUCAAAAAAGUAAUCAUAUUAGAAGCUGGGGGAGAAAAAAAUGCAAGUGAUGUCUACUUAAAAUUCGACGAGCUACCUUGUUAAUUGGUCGUUUGAAAAGCAGUUUCAUUUAACAGUGCACUACAAUACAGUAUACAUACCUUCGGUGAAAUGGGUUCUUUUCCGGGAGAAAGGACAUCAAGUGAAUUCGAACGUGAGGAAUUACUAUUACGAAAGGAAUACACAGAUCGUGAGCACCUCAUUUCCGCUUUUACGGAAAUCAAAGGACUGCGUGAUGCAGAAGAAUUUUGUGACAUAAUUUUGAAAGUGGAAAACAGAGAAGUAAAGGCGCACCGAGUGAUUUUAGCUGCGAGUAGUCCAUAUUUCAAAAACGCAUUCAGCGGUCAGUCAUUGGUCACCAUUGCCAAAUUCAUAGAAUUGCCGCAACAAAGAUAUGAACCCAUAAAAAGCAUCAUCGAUUAUAUUUACACUGGCUGUAUUGAAGUAAAUUUAGAAACUGCAGAGGAGUUAUUUAAAACUGCUGACUUUCUUCAAAUAAAUCGGGUCAAAGACGUUUGUUCUCAUUUUUUGAAAGCAGCAUUGAGCCCAGAGAGUUGCCUACAAGUUUGGAAUAUAACAGGAAACAUUGGACUUAUAGAUAUUCAAAAUGAAGCAACUAAACUGUCGAUUUCAACGAUAGAUCACCUCAUUACUUCCUCAGCUUUUUUGAAUUUAUGUCCAAAAAAGGUCGAAGAGCUACUCGAAAAAUCAACAGAAAUUCCUCGCGCCGAUAAAGUGUAUCGAGCUGUACUUGCCUGGGUGAAACAUGAUUUGAAGAAACGCAAACCACUUUUAAGUAAGCUUCUUCAAUUUAUUCCAUCGGAAAAGAUCACUCGCGAGUUUCUUAGAACGACAGUAAUCAAAGAAACCUUACUAACAGAGGACUUAAAUUGUAUGCUCUGGAUGCAUAAAAUUUUUGUAUCAAUGUUUGAUAUAGUCAAUUCAGAACUAAGUCAGGAAGAAGAUGAAUUAAUGAAUCACAGCAGUGGUCACAUAUACGUUUCUAGCCUACGAGGGAAAUAUUCGACUUUUUACAAAUUCGACACGUUAAGCUCCGAGAUAACCGAUCUGCCUGCUUGCUCAAGGGUCAGGUACAGCCACCCUGUUUUCUACAAUGAAGCCAUUUAUUUCACUGGAGGUUUGGUGAAGUCAGGUUGUAGUAAUAAAUGUGAUCGGUUUAAUGUCAUUGAUGAAUCUUGGGAUGUAUUAACAUUGGAUUGUGAUCGAUAUUAUCAUGGAGCAUGCGUAGUAAAAGAUAACCUCUACGUGGUGGGAGGUUGCAAAGAUCAUCAAAAUUUGAAAACUGUUAAAGUUUAUGAUUUUAAAACUGGCAAUUGGACGAAAGCGGCUGACAUGAAUAUAGCGAGAAAAUUCUUUGGAAUUGUGAAGCACAAUGGGUGCAUAUAUGCAAUUGGUGGAGUAACUGACAAAGCGGAUUCAUCUUCAAGUGUGGAAAUGUUUGAUCAGCGCGAAGGUAUUUGGCAGAAUAUUCCGGCACUUGGGAAAAUAUCAGGCGCAUGUACUGCAGCGGUUGCAUCAAAUCAAAUUUACUGUUCUGGAUUCAGAUCCGGAUUUGUCGAAAGAUUUGAAACAAGAAUGAACAGGUGGACAUCCGUAGCGAACGCAAUAAGUCUUCCAGGAAGUUUAGUAUCAACUAGAGGUGAACUAUACCGAGUAUCGGUAGAUGGUAUUCAGCAUUUUGAAAGCUAUAACAACUGCUGGAAUAAUUCACUUGAUGUUAACAUUUUUUCCACAGAAAUUGUAGCUGUAGCGAACUAACCUGUAAAGAUGAAAAAUAAUUCAAAUUUUCAAUUAAAAUUAUCUUAAUUAGAACUAUCUAUAAUUUCAGUUAACUUAAUUUCCAAAUUGCAUAUGCAGCAUGCAAUUCAGUAUCUGUACUAUAGUUAUAAAUUGUAGUUGAUUUCACCUGGACUUUGCGUUGUUAAAUAAGAAACUCUAGUUUCGAACAUCUCCGCCACAAAAUAUAAUGACUUCGCUUUUAAAU